UGCAAAGCAAUUGUCACAAGAGACUCUCUCUCUCUCUCUCUCUCUCAUAUUUUUUGCUCUUUCAAAAAGGAAGAAGAAAAAAUCUCAAAUAAAUCUGUCUAGGGUUUCUCGAUCUCCUAUUUCUCUUCAACAACAAUGGACGCCAUAGAUUCCGUCGUCGAUCCUCUCAGAGAAUUCGCUAAAGAUAGCGUCCGACUCGUCAAACGCUGCCACAAACCCGAUCAAAAAGAAUUCACGAAGGUGGCGACUCGUACUGCAAUCGGAUUCGUGGUUAUGGGAUUUGUUGGGUUUUUCGUGAAGUUGAUUUUUAUCCCAAUUAAUAACAUCAUCGUUGGUGCUUCUUAGGUGGUAUGGAUCAUCAAGAGGCAGUCUGAUAAAAAACUUAUCUUUAAUGAGGAAGCUUAGCUUUUAGCUUGCUUAAUUUUCUUUUUGAUUUGUUUGCAAUGCUCCACAAACAAGGAAAUUACCAAUAUCAAAACUUUUUAUGAUUCUUUUAGGCUCUGCAUCUGUUUGUUUGUGAUAUUCCACAAACAAGGAAAUUAUCGAUAUCAAAACUCUUUAUGAUUCUUUUAA